AAUGGCUACACUCGCGCAUCAGAUGGGCGCCGGCAGAAGCGAAAGAGAGGCGAAUCGGGGAGAGGAGAGAGAGAGAUCGGAGACGAGUCGAAAUGGGGAGCGGCAUGGAGGUGAACAAGAACAAGUUCAUUGAAGACUGGAGAACGGCCAGGGAGAACCUCGAGCUCAAUUUUCGCUGGACGCGCCGCAACAUCGCCAUCGCCGGCUUAUUCGGCAUCGCCGUCCCUAUCCUCCUUUACAAGGGCAUCGUCCGUGAAUUUCACAUGCAAGACGAGGAUUGGGGAAGGCCCCCGAGGAAGUUCAUGUGACAAGGUCCUUUAGCGGUUGUGCGUUUUCCCCUUUUGCAAUCACAAUAAUGGCAAUGUCGUGAAAUUGGCUGCUAGGGUUUUAUAUGACUUACAAACACGAUGGCUUGAUUCUCCUAUAUUUCGGGUUUAUUUUUAUUUGUCUGGACUUCGACUCUGGUGAAAUCAUGCUUUGCUUGUCAUCAUAAAAUUAAUUGUAUGAUAUGCAUCGGCUGCUACUUAUGUUUGUGCGUAAAUCUCUCGAAGUAAAUUUUCUCUUUUUUCCA